AUGUCAACAGAAAAACUCAAUGUCCUUUUGAUUGGCUCUGGAGGUCGCGAGCAUUCUAUUGCUUGGAAACUUGCUCAGUCUUCAAGAGUUGAACAGAUCUAUGUUGCUCCAGGGAAUGGAGGAACAGAAAUAGGAAAUAAUAAAAUUUUUAAUGUUAACAUUGAUAUUAGUGACUUUGCAAAUUUAACAAAGUUUUCAUUAGAGAAUAAUAAUCGGCUUUUAAAAAAGGCGAUUGGUAUUCCAUGUUUCGGACCAUCAACAAAAGCUUCUAUGAUGGAGGGCUCUAAAACCUUUGCAAAAGAUUUCAUGGAAAGGCAUAAAAUUCCUACAGCUGCAUAUAAGAAUUUUUCAAAUUACGAAAAGGCAAAAGAUUAUUUAGAAUCUAUUUCACAUAAUAUUGUAAUUAAGGCUUCUGGUCUUGCCGGUGGUAAAGGUGUUUUGAUUCCUACAAAUAAAGAAGAUGCAUUAAAUGCAUUAAAAGUAAUGAUGGUGGAUAGGAUUUUUGGCUCUGCUGGCGACGAAAUUGUCAUUGAAGAAUUUCUUGAUGGACAAGAAUUGAGUAUAUUAACUUUUUCUGAUGGAUAUACCAUAGUAUCUCUUCCUCCUGCACAAGAUCAUAAAAGAAUUUUUGAUGGUGAUCAGGGGCCAAAUACUGGUGGAAUGGGUUGUUAUUGUCCAGCUCCUAUUGCAACUCCAGAACUUUUACAGCAAAUAAAUUCUACAAUACUUCAACCUACUAUUGAUGGACUGCGUCAUGAUGGUUAUCCAUUUGUUGGCAUGCUUUUUACUGGUUUGAUGGUAACUGGAGAUGGACCUAAAGUACUAGAAUAUAAUGUUCGUUUUGGAGAUCCUGAAACAGAAACAGUCUUGCCAUUAUUGAGUGAUGAUACUGAUUUAGCUGAAAUAAUGAUGGCAUGUAUUGAACGUAGAUUGGAUUCGAUUAAGAUCAAUAUCAAACCAGGACAUUCUGCGACUGUUAUUAUAGCAUCGGGUGGUUAUCCUGGUAGUUAUGCUAAAGGGAAAGAAAUUACAUUUCAAAAUCUUCAAUCUGACACAUUAAUUUUUCAUGCUGGUACAAUUAGAAAAAAUAAUAAACUAGUUACUUCUGGUGGACGUGUAUUAGCAGUUACUGGAGUUGCUUCAACAUUAAGAGAUGCGGUUGAUAAAGCAUAUAAAGAUUUAAAAAAUAUUAAUUUUGAAAAUAUGUAUUAUAGAAAAGACAUCGCACAUCGUGCUUUUAAACAUAUCUCGAACAAUCCAUCUGCUAACAGUGAAGAGGUAAUGACAUAUGCAUCUGCUGGUGUUUCUAUUGAUUCAGGAAAUUUGCUCGUUCAAAAAAUUAAAUCACUGGUAAAGAAAACUGAAAGAGUUGGUUCCAAUUGUGAGCUAGGAGGAUUUGGUGGUUUGUUUGAUUUAAAGGCUACAGGCUUUAAAGAUCCAAUAUUAAUAGCCACAACAGAUGGUGUUGGCACUAAAUUGAAAAUUGCGCAAGAAACAAGAAUUCAUAAUACAAUUGGCGCUGAACCUUUAUUUUUGCUUGACUAUUAUGCAUGUGGAAAAUUAAAUGUUGAUGUUGCCAAGAAUGUGGUUGAAGGCAUUGCUAACGGAUGCCAUGAAUCUGGAUGUGCUUUAAUUGGAGGUGAAACUUCAGAGAUGCCAGGAAUUUACAAAGAUGAAGAGUAUGAUUUGGCAGGAUUUGCAGUUGGAGCUGUAGAACGUGAAAAUCUGUUACCACGUGUGUCAGAUAUCAAGGUUAACGAUAUACUUAUUGGACUAGCUUCUUCAGGAAUUCAUUCCAACGGAUUUUCAUUGAUUCGAAAGAUUAUAACAAAAAAGAAUUUAAAAUAUGAAUCAACAUGUCCAUGGGAUUCAAAAACAUCAUUAGGUAAAAGUCUUCUUACACCAACCAAAAUUUACGUUAAACAAUUAUUACCAUUGAUUAAAAAUAAAAAGAAACUUGUUAAAGCGAUGAUUCAUAUUACUGGUGGUGGUUUUGUGGAUAAUAUACCAAGAGUUUUGCCUGAAAAUCUUGGUGUAAAUAUAAAUUCAAAAUCAUGGGAAUUACCUCAAGUAUUCAAAUGGCUGACAAGUAAUGGAAAUAUACCAUCAGAUGAAUUAUAUCGAACGUUCAAUUGUGGAAUUGGAAUGGUGUUGAUUGUAUCAUCUGAAAAUGAAAGUCAAGUUAUAGAUCAACUUCAAGAAUCUGAUAGUGAUACCAAGAUUUAUAAAAUUGGACAUGUGAUUGAAAGACAAAAUAAUAAUGAAAAACGAAUUAUAAUUGAGGGAAUCUAA